CUCUCUUCUACCCGUCGACGCUCCCCUCAAAAGACAUAGCCAUGAUGUUCUUCAACUCGAAUCCAAGCACCAACACAAAUUCGAAUUCCAGUCUGUCCCCCGCCGACGCCCGCGCAACCGUCGGCCUGGAUGGGGAACCCGCCAACAUGCGCACUCUGCAGAUGACGCAAAAGCAGCCGCUGUCAAAGGGUCAGAUGGUUCCUCGCCACCAGCCCUCGCAGCACCAGUCCACUACGCCUCAGGCCGUGGUCAAGGGAGCAGCGGCCGGCGCUGGUUCCGGUCGAUGUGAUCCUGUGAGAGGGGACACGUCGCUUUGUCUGAACGAGUUGCGAAUCAACACCACCACCACCGCCAAUACCAACAGCACAGACAACACCAUAUCCUCUUCACCCUCGUCGAAUCCCGUCGCUGCCGCUAUGCCCAUCAGUCAGGACCGCUCGCGGUCUCUCGCCACCUUUACCGCCCGCGGAGCGACUGAUCCAGACCUUAUACCUCCUUCUCCUCCUUCGACGCCGCCCGCCUCAACCGGAUUCUUCAACCUUGAGGGCAGUCUUUCUUCCUACGGUGGUUCGUACCAGGAGCAAGUGGGAAAUUACAGCGAGCAUGCCUCCGAGACAGACGACCAGGUCGGCAGUCUCUCCAGCUAUGGACACUUGCGGUCUGCCGUGGAAAGAAUCGCGACGAGCCGGCACUCUGAGCUAAAGGCCGUCAGCCUUCCUACCCCUGACGCCACGCCGUCGACGAUGUCGCCUGCCUCGAUUCUCAUCCACCAGCCUGGUGUCACGGCGCGCGGGUUUGCCCAGGCGAUUCUCCCCCGUAUCAACGACGGAGACUAUGCUGUCGAGGACGCAGGAAUGGAUCUCGUCUGCCCCGGCUGGAGCGGCGCUGUUCUGAUCAACACAAGGAAGCCGACGGUCAAGGCUCCUCGAUCAGGCAAGCUCUCUAGGUCGUCAAAAGCUGCGGCCAGCCAUCACCGUCGCACGCUGCUCACCAUGCUGCCCUCGACUCUGCUUCCCUCUGACCUGCGCACCUCCAUCCUCGAUGUGCUGGACCACGCCACGGAAAAGCUUCGAGUCGACAAUGUGGUCUUUGUUCUUGAUCGCAUGGCCAUCUGCCAGGCAUUUGACGAGGAGCGCUUCCGCGCAAUUGUCCAUGGUCUCUGCUAUGUAGGCGCCUCGGUUGUUGGCGUUGGCAAGGAGGGCGAUGAAGAUCUGGAAGCUAACGGCGACGACGAGCAAGAGGAUGUCAAUGCGCCCAAACACAUCACCGCCGGCCUUGUCCUUCUCAGUGUCGAUGUUUAA